CGGCCGCGCCGGGUCCACUGCCGGGCCAGCGGGGCUUCGCGCCUCCGGAGUUUGCAGGGGCUGCCACGGAGCGCAGCCCCCCAGCAGGACUGUGCCACCUGCGUCCCGAAGACACAAAGACCUUUUACUAUUCAUCAGUUGGGGACAACUUCAGAUCUGAAAAAGGCCAAGAAAGAAGAGAGACUCUCACCAUAACAACAUUUCAAAGGGACACGUUGCCAGAGCACAGAAUAGUUUUUUGAACAGACAUCUUUCCAAGAACCUGGUCUCUGUAGAGGAUGUCAUGACUUUUAAAAGAGCAGCAACCAGCACCCAACAGAGGUGAUGCAGAGCAGGCGCAGCGCCCUGCAGUCCAUGUGGCCGCCUCUGAGCGACUGACUCCUCCCACCAGCGGUGCCUCUUCCUGCCCCCGCCAUGGGACCGCCAGGCAGCGCUCUGGGCGGCGGACAGGCGCAGAUCAUCCUGUGGGGAAGUCUGGCAGCUGUCGCCACGUUCUUUCUCAUCGCCCUCCUCGUCUUUCUGUGCUCUAGUUGUGACAGAGAAAAGAAGCCAAGACAGCACAGCGGGGACCAUGAGAACUUGAUGAAUGUGCCUUCUGACAAGGAGAUGUUCAGCCAUUCAGUGACCAGCCUGGCAACAGAUGCUCUCAUUAGCAGUGAACAGAAUGGGGCACUCACCAAUGGUGACAUCCUCUCAGAAGACAGCACCCUGACCUGCGUGCAGCACUAUGAGGAAGUCCAGACCUCGGCAUCGGACCUGCUGGACUCCCAGGACAGCACAGGGAAGCCCAAGUGUCACCAGAGCCGGGAGCUGCCCAGGAUCCCCCCAGAGAGCGCUGCCGACGCGAUGCUCACGGAGAGGAGUGCAGACAGCGAGCAGGGGCCGGCCACGGAGGGGCCGUACGAGGUGCUCAAGGACAGCUUGUCGCAGGAGAACAUGGUAGAGGACUGCUUGUAUGAAACCGUGAAGGAAAUCAAGGAGGUGGCGACAGCCACACACCUGGACAGAGGCCACGGCGGCAAGGCCAAGUUGACUACCACCUUGAAGGAGCUUCCGGGGCCUCAAACGGAAGGGAGAGCGGACUUUGCUGAAUACGCCUCUGUGGACAGAAACAAAAAGUGUCGCCAGAGCGUUAACGCAGACAGCGUUCUUGGAACUUCGUGUGAUCCCGAAGAGGAGGCCCCGCCGCCUGUUCCUGUCAAGCUCCUGGAUGAGAAUGAAAACCUGCAGGAGAAGGACGCGAGCUCGGCGGAAGAGUGGACGGCAGAGGAGACCGGGGAGACCAACAAGAGAUUUAGCUCAUUGUCAUAUAAGUCUCGGGAAGAAGACCCAACUCUCACAGAAGAAGAGAUCUCAGCCAUGUACUCCUCAGUGAAUAAAACUGGGCAGGCAGUGCAUAAAUCAGAACAGUCGCAUAAAGCACCAGAGACCACCUACACCUCCAUUCCAGGGGCUCCUCAGAGGUCGCCCUCUUCCUGUAAUGACCUCUACGCUACGGUGAAAGACUUUGAGAAAACUGUAAAUAGUGUCAGUGCACUUCCACCAGCAGGGAGACCCAGCGAGGAGCCGGAGCCAGACUAUGAAGCAAUCCAGACUCUAAACAGGGAGGAAGAAAAUACCCCCCUGAAGACCAAUGGCCACCAUGGCCUUGUCCCUAAGGAGAAUGACUACGAGAGCAUUGGAGACUUACAGCAAUGCAGGGAUAUCACCAGGCUCUAGCAAAGUGGAAGACUUCUCCAGAGAGCCUGAGUUAGCAGUGGGGGACAGUGUUUCUGUGGAAGAUGAGAGACAUCGACCCAUAUUUUGUAUGCUGCUUUAGUAAACUGAAGACAAUUGCAUAUGCCCUGACUGUUUUCCCAGGUUCUGUUCAGGGAGGUACAGACCUGGUUGCCCCUGCGUGUGCACCUGCCUGCCUGGGGAUAGGCACACCCCAGCACAUGCACAAACUCCCUCUUGCACCAUCACCCUCCUCAGAAGAUCCCAGCUUCCAGGGGUUCAUCCCACAGGCGAGGAAACGAAGCUGUAAGGAAGAGUCGCAUCCACUUGCCUGAAAUACUGCCAUUCUGAAGAGUCAGGUUUUUCUUCUCUCUUCUCUUCUGUACUAACUCUAAAAUAUAUGGCAUUACCCCCCUUGAGAUCUUCUGAUCUGUGUGGUGCAUUCCAAGGAAAUCCUCCCAUAGGGCUUGGCACUGGCCUUCAACACAGACAUGUUUGGAAGAUGAAAGUCUGUGGUUGCUGGUCCCCAUCCAGCUCCCCAUCCUCAUCCCAGAGCUACCAUAGCAGCCCUGGGGAAUCCAGACUCUGCAGGACAAUAGAUUUGGGACAGGAUGUCCCUUGCGUCUCUUAGGUCCUCAUUCCUUUUUAUGUUGGCACUGCAAAUCAGCAGCCUUUCCCCAAGCAUUUGCAAUCAGUUUUAAAUGCUUGGUUUUAUUUUUCUACUCAAAAUCUUUUCUUCCACAAUGUUGAGAAACUCAUCAGAGCCUUUCUCAGUAUUUUCAACAAAUAUCAUGGUACUUCUGUACUUGUUUAAGCCCAGAACUCAUGUCCUUCAAAACGGAGAGCCUUAAUCUUUAUGUUGGGACACAGACCACAUGUGUGGACGGCAGCCGUGGCUUCCUUCCCCAAGGGCGGUAUAUGCACUUCCGGGGAUCUCUGCCGGCACCCCAACAGUGUGGACUUUCGUAAGUUAUCUGCUACCCUAAGGUAAUCUAUCUAAGAUUAAAAUGUAAACAUUUAUUUUUAUUAUAUAAAUUUAUAAGAUGUUUUAUGUUUAACACCUAAUUUCUAGAAAGUGCCAGGAAAUGUAUAUUAACUAUUUUGAUUUUAUGUACAAUGAUUUAUACUCUUAUUUGAAAAGACAUCGUAAAGCACAUAAGCUAGGUAAUUACAAGUAUUCUUUUUUUCAAAUGAGUAUUUGAAAUGUUGAAGAUUUGUUAAAGACCCAACUUUGUAAAGGUACUUGGAGCCUCUACUCCAAAUCACCUAAACCACUGGAGAAAUAAAUGCAGUGGACAUAAAUAAUCAUUUUCCAUGGUGGGGUGAGCAAUAUUGAAAUAUCUGAAAUGGUAAAAAUGGAAAAAUAUGGGUAAUGAAUUAUGAACCUCCUAAAAGUAUCAUACUUUCAUUAAAGUUUAAUGACCUUUUUCCAUAAAAUGAAAUUCUACAGUUCAGUUCUUACUAAAUGCAAAAUGCCUCUUAGAAUUUUUUUCUUCAUUUUACAAAAAUCAGUGGCUGAAAUAGUUCAGAUUAAGUACUCAGCCUGGUUUGAAUUUAAUCAUCAUUUUAGAUCUUGUAAGGCCACCACUGGAAAAUUGUUCACUUUUCAGUUUAAAAGAAGCCCGGUUCAAGUACCAUCAUGAAGUGUGAACUACAAAAAGGGAGCAUUUCCUACGAUGACAAAGAAGUAAGGCCGUUAUCCUAUACCUCUGUGACGCCUGUGACUAUAAAGUUUAAUCAUCCUGCUGUUUUCCCUCCUUCUGGCAAAGAAUGAGAUGAAAAUUGUAGAGACCACCUCGCUGGCAUGUAUUUCUGACCUGUAUUCAUGGACUGGCUUUGUGACUGCUCUGUAGCACCCGUCUGAGAUUGUUAAGAGAACGCUGUCGGAGUGCACUGGUUGUCACUAUCUCUCAGUCAGCCUAGUCUCUCCCAGGAAGAAAGACAUCACAUGCAUAAGCACAAUCACUGUUGAUUACAAAGUAUUGGCAGAACACCUUUGAAUCCCUUGAGCGAACUCUAUCAGGGAAAUGCAAGCACUUCCUCUCUGAAAUCCGACAUUUCAUAAGUACUGCUUUGCCUGCUGACUUUCACCACUUCGAAUUAAUAAGUUUGACCCAACAACCUCUCAGGUCACGUGGUUCUCUUGGUACACAGUGACAGCCAUAUGACACUACCCACCUGCAGUGUGCAGGCUCAGUAUUUACAGCUCAGAAGUUUUAUUGCAUUUCCCAGUGUCUUCCUUAUCACCAGAGAAGCGGGUAUGAUCUCUAAAGUGUAAAAUCCUUUCUUUGAAGUUCAUUAUAAAUAAUCGUGGAAUCUUCACAUGUCAAGUUUUCAAAUAUAGGUUAUGCAAUUUAGUCAUAAAAUAUGCACUGAAAUAUCUCUCAAUUUGAGAGCCAGUGUUAAAGAGUAAGUUGUGAUACAAAAUAUUUUAAAAGGAACCCAAAGGCCUUCCAGCAACAAUUUUGAAAGAAUAAAUGACAGAAAAGUCCAUAAGGCCUGGAAAGGGGAGGAACAAACGUUAGGAAGACAGCUCUGCUCUUCAGAGCACUGGGUACUUUUUUGAAGCAUAUUUUUGAAGUAUCAUUACUGUUUUUCCUGUAUUGUACAGUUUUUCAUAAAUUUCAUCUCUUUCACUUUGUUCAAAAUCUGUGCUUGAAUCUGUGAGUGGGACAGAAGCCUGUAGAUUCUUUUUCAAAAAAGUUUCAUGUUGAGCUAAAUGCUGCAGAGUUUAAAUGUAUGAAAGGUAGAUGCCAAGAACAGAAUUCAUUGUAUAUUUAAAAUUCACCAUUGAUAUCCAUAGUAUGCAUCCAAUUAUAAUCAUUUAGGUUAUGUGAACUUAUAUAAAAAGGUAAAAAUAAAUUUUAGGAAGGUUUUUGUUCUAUAAGUCAGAAUUAUAGAUCUACCUUGGUUAGGCAUAGUGGCAUCUUUUUGAUCAGGUAUACUGAAAGUAUAGAAGUGUUUCAUGCUGAUUUUAAUAUUUCCCAACUAUAGGCAGUGGGGAGGUAUAACUGUUUUAUAUAAAAUAUUUGAGAAAUCCUAGAAGAAAGUCGUUUUUGGAAAUAUGUUGGCUACAUACUUUUUUUCUUGUUUGGAUCUAAAUUAUAUUGUUAAGUCUGUUAAAAUACUAUACCAACAUUCUGUGGGGGGGUGUUAAUUGCUGAUUAUCUGCCCUCAGAAAGCUCAGAGUUAAUUGUAAUUGAGAGUUAAAUUAGCAAUAGGUAGUCAACACGGAGAACUAAAAUUGAAUCUCAGUAUGUCUCUCUACUUCUCUUGAUUAUUCAUUUUUAUAAUUAGAGCAUUUACCUACCUUAACCAGUAAUAAAUUAUGUAUAUAUAAUUGGUGCUGGCACAGUUCUGGUGCAGUCAAUUAAUUAGAAUAUGUCUAUUGUGUACUUGGAAUAUUUAUCCUAUUAGUGUGAUGAAUUUUGUCAUAAGUGUAGAAUUAGAAGAAACAGUUUUUCAUAGUUUUUAUUUGGUAAUUAGAGGAAAAUCUUCUUGAGUCACCCCCAUUUAAUUUUUCUAACGAGCACAUUCCAGUUUUAAAUUGUGUCCAACAUUCUCUUGGCUGAAAACCAGCGCAUUUUAAGAUAGUUUUGUUACACAUGUAACUCACUAUGUAUUCAACCUGAGAGGAGGAAGUAUAAAUAAGUGUACUUCUCAAAUGUUUAAGAAAACAUUUGGCCAAAAGCAACAGGAAAGGAAACCUGAGCCAGAGUGGACCCUGGGCAAUAUGGCCCCUGCCUGCCAGAGAGCAGGAGCAGAAUUGGUACCGUGUGGCAGCAGUCUCUUUAAAACUCCCAGGUUUUACAGCAGCAUCAGUAGUCAGUGAUGCAAUCUAAUGUGACAAAAGCCGCCCUGAGAUGAUACCCUGGCCAAGAUUACACAGCAUCCCUCCAAGACCGAACUAGGAUUUUAUAAAUGAGUAAAUGAUAUCCCUUCGAUGCUCCAUGUAAUCACAUGGUGCCAUUCUUCUCCAAGUGUUGAUUUCUGGUCCCCACCACCUUAGCUUUGGCUGCUGGAAGCACAGUAGGUACUGAUGUUUACUUCCUAGGAAUCUUCACAGGCUUAUUGUACUGCGUAAUGGGGGAAAGUGAAAGUGUAAUGUUUGGUGUUAAUAAGUGACUGGUGUGAAAAUAGGAACGUGUUUGUGAUAUCAAAUACGGCUUUAUUUGCGUAAAAUCUAAAUUUCUUUUCAUGUAGUAGUACUUUCUCGCUCUAUUCUGUAUCUUUUCUUAAUACAUCAUUCUUAAUAUGGGCAUUAAACGAGUUGAACCCAUUUAGAUUUUAAAAGUUUGACUUAAACAGAUCAGUCCAGAAACCAUGAUAAAUAAGAAUCUUUAUCUGAAAUUACUAAAUUAACUUUUAACAUAAUGGUGCAGAAGAGAACAAACAUUUGUGUACUUUUUAAACUCUACUGUUCAUUUUUAAGUGUGUUUACAACUAGAUUCUAAUGUUUGUAAGUACCUCAUUGUUUUCAGAUUCUUUUUAAGUGAGAAACAGUUCAAAUUCUUCUUAAUGUCAGAUGAAGUGAGAAAUACGAUUCUGUUAGAAAAGACAUUUUUAAAGCAUUCAAUUUGGUAUUCAUUUAUCAUAAUGCAGAAAGUUUUUUCUUUGCUUACAGCUUAUAUAUUAUGUUUUUCAAAAAUGUAUUGUGCUCUUGUUUCCUGUCACCUUGUAUGAUAGAUUAUAAAGGUUGGUGAUUGUUGUUCCCCAGACUUCUAUGUGUUAAACUGGCAAGAGUAAACUGUUUUUAUGUCAUUACCUUUUAAAUAAUUUUAUUAUAUUAACACACCACAUGUUUUCUGGGUAACUUUAAAAGAGGCAAACAAACAAAAGUCUGUGAGAAAUAAGAGUUAAUAUUUAGUUACUUAUGUGUUUUUUCCUCAUAAAAAUGGCUAUCCCAAAAUUAACAUGUCAUCUCUUAGGGGUCACAAUGAAAGUACUCCCACUUACUCAAAAACAGUGAAAAAAAAUGACACUUACCAGCAGUUUUAUUCAUUGUCUCAGAAGAGCUUCAUACAUAAUCAGAUUGUCCAGUUUGCAAGAAUGGAAAGUUGUUUUCAAUAGCAGGAAUUUUAAACCUCAGUUUCAUAAGUCCAGAACUGCCUCAUGUUAGAUUCAACAUCUUAUCGUUUCCCUCUCUAGUCUUUUUAAAGGAGAAGUCUGAAGGAUGGGGACAUAAAGUCACUAUUUCUUCCUGCCUUCUGUUGGCUCCUUCUGUGUAGGUUCUGUCACUGUCCCUUUGUACAGCACCGGUUUCCAUCCAUCCGCUCAGUGUCAUAUCUUUCUGAAUUCUGGCCACAAUUCCCCAAUCUUACAGACCCUGCCUGAGAGCAGAGAGCUUCUCCAUCAUGGCUGGAUGACCAGUCAAGAGCCCAAGUCAAAUCUUCCUGCUUCACAGGCUACCAAGAUGAGGCCCCAGAUCUGCCUAGGGAAGCAAAUGCUGGUGUUGUCAUGAGUUUUGCCAGACCAUAUACAUUCCUACCACCUCUUUCAUGAGCCUGGUUGACACAAGGGGACCAUGGAAAACACUUUUUUUUUUAAA